AUGUCUACAACACCUGCAGUCAAGUAUAAGCCGGUCUCUGACGACGGUUUCGAGGACGUGAAGACCGACGACGACCACGAAGAAUACCCCUUGGAUCAGAGAAAAUGGAACUCCUGUAGAGGCACAUCAAAGUCAAGGAGAGCACUCCAAAUACUUGCUUCACUCCUCAUCCUAGCAAUUUAUACGUGGGCAGUACUUUACUAUGCCCGUGAAGUCAUCUACAAGCCAUUCUGCCCUCGACUCACUACACCAGACACGGUACAUGUAUGGGACAAGGUUGAGUUCAACCCACAGCCCGUAAAUCCAGUGACGCCAGGUCAUGACCACCCACUUUUGGGCAACCCGAGCCCAGAGGUAGAUGCAAAUUGGUCUGCAUUACUUUCAGGCAAGCCCUUUGUGUCGGUUGAUGUGGCGCCUCGACACCGGUUCACUAAUCAAUCGCAGCGUUUGCCAACCGAAUCCCGGAAUCCGAGGUACACCGACUUGGCAUGGAGGCAGAUGCGAUACCUUUCAACGAUGGAGAAGGCGGCUAACACGAAGCAUCCAAUUUACGGAAACUUCUUAGACGAACACGGCAAGUUCAGCUGGGUAGAUCAAGAGGGAGGUGUUGACUAUAAGGAGUUUUUCAAAACGCCAGAGUACCAGGAGUGGGCAAAAGAACAGGGGCUCGCCUCAGGAGAGGCCGCGGCGGAAGAGUAUCUAAGGUCGUUUUACGUCAAGCAGUGA